AUGGCACCAUGCAGAGGAUUUCUGCUGCUCAUGGGAUUUUUGGGAUCUAUGUUUCUCAUAAUGAUGUUCCGAUGGGAUGGGUUACCAGAUAUGAGAGCAGAGAGGAUCCCUGAGCAGCAGGAACUGAGAAAGAAGCUGCUAAGAGAAACGUGUGAUGGUGACAGAGACGCAUUUACUGAGGGCAAGCACAGUUUAGAUGACUUGAGUAUCAAAGCGCUGGAGAACCUAAUUGUGGAUGACAAACACUGCAUCAUCUACUGUUACAUUCCCAAGGUGGCAUGUACCAACUGGAAGAGGGUAAUGUUUGUCCUGAACCAGACUGAGCCGUAUCCUGAUCUCAUGUCCACAUCUGGUGACUUGGUCCACGAAUACAGCACGCUCACUCACUUAAACAGCUUCCCAAGACCAGAGAUUAAGGUCAUGUGGAUGUUUGUCCGGGACCCAUUCACCCGACUCAUCUCCGCCUACCGAGACAAGUUCCAGCGGCACAAUGAGUACUACUAUCUAAACUUUGCCUGGGACAUUCUGCGCCUGUACGCCAACUUGACUAAUCCACCACAGACAGUGGACAAGGCAUUUGCAUCCGGGGUACACCCCUCAUUUUACAACUUCAUUCAGUACUUGCUGGACCCGCGGACAGAGGACAAGCAGCCCUUUGAACCCCACUGGAGGCAGAUGUACCGCCAGUGCCAGCCCUGCCUCAUCCAGUAUGAUUUCCUUGGCCAUCAGGAGACUCUUCAACAGGACGCUCAACAGCUGCUGAGGAUGUUAAAGCUGGAGAACGACAUCAAGUUCCCUCCUUCCUAUGAAAACAUGACUUCCCCUUCUUCUGUGUCGGAGUGGUUCAGCACAGUGCCUCUAGAGGACAGGAGGAAGCUGUACCAGCUCUAUGAGAAGGACUUCAGGCUUUUUGGCUACAGAAGGCCUGGAGAAUUGCUUGAUGGUUGAAAUGAAGUUAUGAUUUGGAUUUCACUCUUUCCUUUAAAAACUCAACUCAUGGCCAAUGACACUGUCUGUGUUUCUGGCUGCAUGGCCCUCUUCUCUUCACUCCUCGCGUAG